UGUUUGGACAGUGAAGGGGGGGCAGAUCUCUCUAGUCAUGAAGCCUGGUAGUCACUUAGCAAGAAGCAACAAUGAGGCCUACAUGUCUGAGAAAUUCCCCAUCUGCAAGACGUCUGUGGCUGAGAGCAGGCCCGCUGAUGCCAUGAGUGCAUUUAUGUGGUUUUAGUAAAUGAGAAAAAGAGAGAAGAGCAAAAAAGUGAGGACAAUAGAAAGAAGGGAAAGAGAUGACGGGAGGGGAAGAGAGAGGGGAAUGUGGGGUGGUGAGCUGUGAGCAGAUCUGGAAUGCCAUUGUUAGAGCUCGCUGCUCUGUGUUGUAGAGAGGGACAGCUGCCUGCUCGUGAGACAGGCAGCACAGUUCACCGGGAAUUCUCUCCCUGCAGGCAGGCACUGACAGACAGACAGACAGACAGACAGACAGACAGGUAUUGCCUAACUCAACCAGCUGGGAGUUAAGGAAAAGAACUUGGAGGAAUUCAGGGAGUGGCGUUUUAAAGCUUCCUCUUUCUUCUCCUUACUCUCAAAGAAAAGGGGCCUAGCUAUAUUAGUCAGGGCAGAGGCAUAAGGCAGAGUGAGGGCCUUUAGCUCUUGAUGCUAGGUGAAGUGCAGGCCUGAUAGUUAGCCUUUUGCAGGUCAGACUGAGAGAGCAGUUGUGUAGAUGCAACUUCAAAGGAGGAAUCACAAACCCUGCUGCUGGAAAAGUGGCUGAAAGAUGAUGCGAGGUCAAAGAAUAGUACUGUCAUAGGGCUGUGACGCAUCAAGAGGUGAUGGGUUAAGCGGUUCCUGUGCCCUCUUUGAAUGUCUGUCACCAUGGCUAAGCGUGAGACCGGCAGCACCAGCCCUGUGGUCAGACAGAUAGACAAGCAGUUCCUGGUCUGCAGCAUUUGUUUGGACCAUUAUCACAACCCCAAGGUCCUGCCCUGCCUGCACACCUUCUGUGAGAAAUGUCUACAGAACUACAUCCCUCCCCAGUCUUUGACGCUGUCCUGCCCAGUGUGCAGACAGACCUCCAUCUUGCCAGAGAAGGGUGUGGCGGCCCUGCAGAACAACUUCUUCAUCACAAACCUAAUGGAGGUGCUACAGCGCGACCCGGAGUGCAGCCGACCUGAGGCCUGUAAUGUUCUGGAGUCAGCCAGUGCAGCGACGGCCUGUCAGCCUCUCUCUUGCCCCAAUCACGAGGGCAAGGUGAUGGAGUUUUACUGCGAGUCUUGUGAAACAGCCAUGUGUCUGGAGUGUACAGAAGGGGAACACAGGGAACAUGUGACAGUUCCUCUGAGGGAUGUGCUAGAACAACAUAAGUCAGCGCUAAAAAAUCAGCUGGACGCUGUGCGCAACAGGCUACCUCAGCUGACGGCUGCCAUUGAGCUUGUGAGUGAGAUCUCCAAGCAGCUUACAGAGCGGAAAAAUGAGGCAGUGACUGAAAUCAGUAACACUUUUGACGAGCUGGAGAAGGCCUUACACCAACGCAAGACCGCUCUCAUUACUGAGGUGGAAAACAUCUGCAGCACUAAGCAGAAGGUGCUUCAAGCCCAGCUGACCUCUUUGCUUCAGGGCAAAGAGAACAUUCAAAGCAGCUGCAACUUCACUGAGCAGGCCUUGAGCCACGGCAGCGCCACGGAGGUCCUGUUGGUCCAGAAGCAGAUGGGCGAGCGGGUCAGCGCCCUGGCACGCCACACAUUUCCUGAGCAUCCCCACGAAAACGGACAUCUGGAAUGCCAGGUAGAGACGGAUGGACUGAGGCGCUCCAUUCAGAACCUGGGAGUCCUGAUCACAACAGGGACCGUAGGCCACACCAGUGUCGCCACCGGCGAAGGCCUGCGGCACGCACUGGUCGGCCAGCACACUACUGUCACAGUCACCACUAAAGACAAGGACGGAGAGCUAGUGAAGACUGGCAACGCCGCUCUGAGGGCAGAGAUCAUCUCUGCAGACGGGGUGUGCACUGAAGCCGAGGUGGCGGACAACAAGAACGGCACCUACGAGGUUGGAUACACCAUCCGCUCAGAGGGAGAGUUCACCUUCUCUUUGCUGCUGUACGAGCAGCCCGUGAGGGGGAGCCCGUUCCGUUUGCGCGCCGUCAAGCCGUCAGACGUACUGCAGUCGCCAGACGACGUGAAGAGAAGGGUGAAGUCCCCGAGUGGAGGAGGAGGUCAUGUUCGGCAGAAGGCCGUGCGCAGACCCUCCAGCAUGUACAGCACCACCAAGAAAAAGGAAAACCCAAUAGAGGAUGAGCUGAUCUACAGAGUGGGAACAAGAGGUCGGGAUAAAGCCGAAUUCACCAACCUACAAGGCAUCUCCACCUCCCAUAAUGGCCGGAUUGUGGUGGCCGACAGCAACAACCAGUGCAUACAGGUUUUCACAAAUGAUGGCCAGUUUAAGAUGAGGUUCGGGGUCAGGGGUCGUUCACCAGGGCAGCUGCAGCGCCCCACGGGGGUCACAGUGGACAUGAACGGGGACAUUAUUGUAGCAGAUUACGACAACAGAUGGAUUAGCAUCUUCUCUUCGGAUGGCAAGUUCAAGAACAAAAUUGGAGCUGGGAGACUGAUGGGACCCAAAGGUGUGGCUGUGGACAAGAAUGGACACAUCAUCACAGUUGAUAACAAAGCCUGCUGUGUCUUCAUCUUCCAAUCAAAUGGGAAGCUGGUGACAAAGUUUGGAGCCAGAGGAACAUCGGACAGACACUUUGCAGAAAAAAGUGGUGCAAACAUUGCACUGGAACAAAAGCUUAGUAAAUCUGGCCCUGUUUUCAGUCCUCACUUUGUGGCUGUAAACAACAAAAAUGAAAUUGUGGUAACAGACUUUCAUAACCAUUCAGUCAAGGUGUACAAUGCAGAUGGGGAGUUCCUGUUUAAAUUUGGCUCCCACGGAGAGGGCAACGGCCAGUUCAAUGCUCCCACGGGCGUGGCCGUCGAUGCCAAUGGAAAUAUCAUUGUUGCCGAUUGGGGCAACAGUCGGAUCCAGGUAUUCGACAGCUCAGGGUCCUUCCUGUCCUACAUCAACACAUCAAUGGACCCCCUUUACGGCCCCCAGGGCCUGGCCCUCACGUCUGAUGGUCAUGUGGCGGUGGCGGACUCUGGGAACCACUGCUUCAAGGUCUACCGCUACCUGCAGUAGAUACCGGAGACGGCCAUCUUCACCACUGCGAGCACUGACGACGACACAGCCAAUGUAUUCCCCCCGGGUGCAAUGACCUCUCCAAUACAGCCUUUUGAUGUGCACAUCCCGGAUAUAAUUAAGUGUGUGGUCAUGAGUUCACCCUCCUUUAUGAUGUGUAUUGAAGGUUGUUUUUUAAUGUAGCAUCCUUAACGCUAUGGACUGGUUUCAGAGAACGUACAAAACCAGUUUUUGUGUGUUGUACGCUGUUGAUGGUAUUAUUAAAUUCAAACUUUCUGUGAGACCGGACAGGGUAGGAUUUAGAUUAAAGUAUUUAAUGAGCCAUAACUUGUCCAAAUGCAUGACUUUUUUUCUUUUAUCUUAAUGCCUAGGCAACAACACAGUGUACCCAUUGGUUGCUUUUCUCAUGAACUAGUUAAUGCUUACAGUGAAAUGAACAGCGCUACGCUUCUCCAGCAAAGGAAUGUAAUAUUUCCCGUAUACAAAUGUCACCACCAUCUGUGCAUUGAUUUGCUGUAUGUACUGUAUAUACAUAAAUGUAUAUUGUGUAUAUUAGAUCACUCCGUAUGUAUGUGCUUUUGAAACACACAGCCGUUUGGCUAUUCAGAGAGCAGCAGUCAAAUUAUUCCAGGAUUUUAAACUCGUGUGUAUGGCAGCUGUUAAAAAGUGUGCUUUAUGAACAUACCCAGCACAUGCUUAAAAUAAGAAGAGUGUCAUAUUUAUUCAUGUUAACAGCACAAUAAUAAUUUUUGUUGAUAUCUGUUGUUUCGAAAGGAAAAAAA